AAUACAAUGAUAUAUUGUCACAGGAUAGAGACAUUAUUAUAACUUAUGGGUCACACCGUGAACUAGCUACGCAUAAACUACAUAGUGGCAAAUCUGUUGUAAUAAAAUUCGUCUGUCUAGAGAUUGCCGAGGAAGGAGUUAUUCAUACAGUCAACAGCUCUUAUUCAGCACAGAUGUCUAUAGACGAACAAAUCAGUGUUGACCCAUUAUACAGUGUGAAAUCAUCACUUAGUGAGACUUCAACUACUGUUGGAAGUGAAAUAAUUUGGACAAUACUCUUUCCAGAAUACUACAGUUUGGAAGUAAGUAGCUGUACAGCGUAUCCAGGCACAGAUGAUUCAUCCAGUGAUAAUGUCAAUUUGAUCUUUAAUAGCGGAUGUUCUACCGUCACGGAUAUCAUAAGUGACUUCAACAGUUAUAGUAAUGGAACUGCAUCUGCCAAAUUACAAGCCUUCAAAUUUUACAACUAUGACAGCGUAUUUUUGACAUGUAAUUUGAAAGUAUGUCCAUCUGGAACGGCCCCAACAGCUUGUUUGACCACAUGUAGCAGACAAAAAAGAAGCGUUCAAACGAGAGCGUUAGAACGACAAAGGUCAAUGGUUCCCAUGACAAUAAGCAAUGUGCUGUACGUAGCUGAUUCUAGCGGGACCUUACAAUGUAUCUUUGAUUUCACCACGACAACCAUCUUGACUUUGAUAAUUGUUUUUUCAAGAGAUUAUCUUUUGUGUCAGUGACCGAGGUGAAUUUAAAACGAACGUUACCAUCGUUUCAUCAUGCAGCGUUUGAUAUUCAUUUAAAAUGCAAAUGGAUCAACAGCUAAUUCAAUGCCUUAUUAGAAUUGUCAAUAUGUAUGUGUGUAUGUAUGUGUAUACAAUGUAUGUGCGUAUGCAUUGUAUGUGUGAAUGGGUGUGUGCAUUGCAUGUAUGUAUGUAUGUAUUUAGUAAUGUAUGUAUGUAUUUAUGUAUGUGUAAAAUAGUGGAUUUAUUAAAUUAUAGUAGU